GAGUGAGUGGUACGGAUACAGUUAAAGUGGAAAUUUAGCUAGUCGCUUACCUGAGUCAGGUCCAAAUCCAAAACUUAAAGGGAAUUUAGCAACUUUUAUAACCGGCUUUUCCACAUCUGGUUUGAUGAAUUCUCUGAAAAGUUGUUUCUCGUCUGUGAUUGUGUUCAUUCGAAUAGCCAUCUCCAAGGGGAUCUGCAACAAAGUUUAAUAUGUGUAGCUUUGGUUUUAUCAAUUGUGUUUAGUUCAACUGUAAAAAUGCCGUUUUCUGCAGCAACAUUGGGCACUGCUGGAGACUGUACUCUAAGAAUGGUAUCUAAAAAAUACUUCUGCCGCCGCAAACCUGCUUACUAAGCAAAUAUCCAUUUGCCUGAUUGGAUUUUUAAAUUAAAUUUAUUUCAAUAACAAUAGGUUUAACAAGGACCUAGGUUUGCUGGUACAGGGAGGGCAAUGAAGUGUGUUUCUAGUCAAAUAUUAAUAGCCAAGUAUAAAAUAAAUAAAUUUGCCAAAUCCAAAGAGAAGCACACAAAGUGCAAGUGUGACUGUAUAGUCAAGGAGAAGGAUUGCAAUGAACUUCAGGAGUAUCGUAAAAGUGAAUGUCGCUGCUUUUGUACCAACAAAGAUGCUGAAGCAAAAUGCAACGAUGACCCCAAGAAACACUGGAAUCCGGAUAGUUGCUCCUGUGAGUGCCUCAGUGUGGUUGAGUGUUCGUCUGGAACAUAUUACGACCCCUCGAGUUGCAGUUGUGAGCCCCUUCCAACCGAAGUCUCCACCAACAACUCAAAAAUUACACAGCCUCCUACCCGUCGAAGAUGGCAACCUAACUACUCUUUCUUUGGAUGAAAGUAAACUCUACCUGAUAACGAAAAUCAUCAGUCAUUUUAUACCAAAACAUCUACAUCAUUUGAGCUUUCCAUGUAUAUAUUGUAUUUAUUUAGUUAUAGUUGUUUAUAGACCUAGUUAAGAUUAUACAUUUUUGGCCAAUGACGUUGCGUCUGGAAGGUGUAUUUACUUAUCUUAAUUUUUCUGUUCAUUUAUGUUUUCAUAAAAUGAACAUGAGUUUGUUGGCCAAUGAGUUGUUCCGUCCUGUAAUCAGUGAAAUUUUGUUUGUAAGUGAAUUGUUGUGUAUCUAUGAACAAAUAAAUUUAUUAAACGUUAACAA